GAUUGGCGGGUUUUUUGAGAACGUCACUUCCUGUCAGACAGGCUGCGUGAUGGCGGCGCCCGUGACGGAGCUGGCGCAUUGACUUCUACCGAGAGUAGCGUGGUGGUCCUUCUGCACGGUAUCCUGGAUUGCAGACCACCUGAAUGGCAUUGUUAUAAAAUUAAAGAAAAGUUAAUACUGAGAGUGCCCAUAAAUGUAUUUAUGCGCUUUUAGUUGGUAAAACAUUAGCGUUGUCUUUCGCUUGCUUGUCUCCUAGCUCGCUAGCUGUUACGUGUUUACCUCAGAAGAUGGCUCUUCAUCGAAUGUCGCUCAGGCUUCGACAAAGGGUUACACAUGUUCGGUGGCUUCAUAUAAGUGGAUCGGGGCAGCAGCAGGAAGCCUUGGUGGUUGAGUCGGAACCUGAACCAUUCUCAAUCUUCAGAACACAGGAGAAUGAUCCAGCUUGCCAGUCAGAGAAACACAUUGGACAGUUUUACAAUAUGCCAUCCGCGCACAUCCGCAGCCUCUUCCCUCACGGCCUCCCCCGACGUUAUCAACAGCAGGUGAAGACAUUUGGCGAAGCCGCAGUUAUGGUGAGACAGCCUGCGCUGGAGGUCAUCUCCUACCUGAAGGAAAUGGACAUCAGCAAACCUGCGCAGCGAUAUAUGUUCUACGGAUUAAAGGGCAGCGGCAAGACAAUGUCUCUGUGUCAUGCUGUCCACUUUUGCUACACGCAGGGAUGGCUGGUGCUGCAUAUACCUGAUGCUCACAGCUGGGUAAAAAACUGCAAGGAGCUGCUUCCUUCGUCUUUUAAUGCCUCUCGCUUCGACCAACCUUUACAAGCCACCGAGUGGUUGCGCAACUUCAAAAUCACCAACGAAGCCUUCAUGUCCAAGAUAAAGACAAGGCAUCGCUAUGUGUGGACAAAAAGAGAGUUCACAGAGCAGGGAAGCCCUCUUGGCGAGCUGGUCGAUCAGGGCAUCGCUCGUGUGAAGAGCAGCAGCGAUGUGGUGGGGGCGCUGAUGAAAGAGCUCAGGCAGCAGAGCGGGCAGCCAGGCUGCGACUUCCGUCUGGCCGUGGCCGUGGACGGCGUCAACGCCCUGUGGGGCAAGUCCAUCAUCAAAAAGGAGGACAAAAGUGCGGUGGAUCCAGAUGAGCUCACGCUGAUAUAUAACCUGAGGAAGAUGAUGAAGAACGACUGGACGGGAGGCGCCAUCAUCACCACGGUCUCUCACACGGGGGCUGUGCACCUGCCCAAAUUGGCCUACUUGCCUCAGGAUUUGCUGGGAGAGAGAGGCUUUGACAACAUGGACCCAUUUGUCCCGGUGUCGGUGCCCUACUACAGCGAGAAGGAGUUUGAGAGCUGCUAUCUCUACUACAUGGACCGUAACUGGCUGCAGCAUCCAAAGAGCCGAACGGAAGAGGGCAAGAAAGAGCUCGUCUUCAUGACGGACAGGUGUCCAUCUUUAAUGGACAGAAUUUGUGCAUACCUGUGAAGUCUCAGACAUCGACUGCUCAUGCCACACAAAAAUACCUGCGUACGGUGCAAGAAAUGCAGCAACAUUCAUGUCUAUAAUGUGUAUCUAAAUUAUUCAAUCCACGUUUACUAAUAAAAAAUUGCAAGACCCAUGUUUUUUGUAUUAAAGAGGUUGAUCAUGCUUAUCUAAUUAUGCUCAGUUUGAUUUGAUU